AUGUAUACUAACAGAGUCAGUCAAGCGUUCACGUCGGAUCUUCAGCGUGCGCAAAAGACCCUUCAGAUUCAGCUGAAGACCAUUGGUCAGGAGGGCAUCCCAGUGACAAAGGAUCAGGCCUUGAAUGAGCGCGACUACGGCGAGCUCACGGGACUGAACAAGGACGAUGCGCGCAAGAAGUGGGGUGAGGAGCAGGUGCACGAAUGGCGCCGUUCGUUCGAUGUGCGCCCGCCUGGUGGCGAGUCCCUCAAGCUGACGGCCGACCGUGUUCUGCCGUAUUACAGGGAACACAUUCUGCCCGCGGUCAAAGCAGGCAAGUCGGUCCUUGUGACGGCUCACGGCAACUCGUUGCGUGCAUUGAUCAUGGAUCUCGAGCAGAUGUCGGGCGAUGAGAUCAUCAAGACGGAGCUUGCUACGGGCGUGCCGAUUGUCUACAAGAUCGAUGAGAACGGCAAGGUCUCUGACAAGCAGAUUCUGAAGUAG